UUGAGUGAUGUUUGCUUGUGUACUGGAGACAGGGGUAUGUCGCUGAUCUGAUGCCGAGUUCUUUGUCGGGGUUCGAACCUGGGAUCCUCGGAACUCUAGACGAACGCUCCAUCGCUGACGAUCGACCCAGUCCAGUUUGUAUGUGUAUGCAUGGGACAUGUCAGUUAGCAUAGUAUCACUAUGAAUAUUUGCAUUGAUUUAUAUGUUAUAGCUUAAAUUUUUCAAAACAUACAUUUAUUACGUCAAUAUAACGAGUUUAUAUCGUCUGAUGUAACAUAAAUAACGAUGUUUCAAUGUGGUGUACGGACUUUCCGGAAAACAUGUACGAACUUACACGGUUCUGUACGGAUUUACCCGCCUCCAACUUUUAUUCAGGAAAAGAGUAAGGAGCAAUGUCGUGCGGAAAAGGCGGAUACUUGAGCUCGGAGCUUUGGAGGAAUGGCCAACUAUAUCCUUGCGGGAUUGCUUUGCGCUAUACCUAUUCUUGGAGGCUGGCCGUUUAUUUUCUUCGUGUUUGGAGGACUGAAUGUGUUGGUACUGAUAUUUUGGGCUUUGUUGGUUUAUGAUACUCCAAAUAUCCACCCAAGGAUAACCGCGUCAGAACGAGAUUACAUUAACUUACACAAGGCUCCAGUUGUACUUGAUAAGGCAUUGCGUAUACCUUGGGUUCAGUUGAUGACGUCGAAGGCUGUGUGGGGUUGCGUGCUGGGGUUCCUCACCUAUGGAAUUCUCUUUAUCACCCUUGCCAUCUGUCUACCGUUGUAUUUCGAACAGGUGUUGGAGCUUGAUCCGACAAUGAAUGGUCUUGUUUCCUCCCUUCCGUUCAUCGGGCGGAUAUUUGGUUCCAUUAUGUUCGGUUAUCUAGCUGACUGGUUGUACUCGAAGAAAUUGAUAUCCAUUACAAAUGUGAGGAAGGUGUUUCAGGUAACAGGAUUGGUCGGUGCUGCACCCUUCCUUAUAUGGAUAUCAUAUCUUGGAAAGGAUGACGCAGUUCUAGCAGUGGUCCUACUGGUUGUCUAUUGGUUCAUUGUAACGGCAAUGAACUCCGGCUUUCGAGUAAACUUUGCUGAUAUCGCCCAAAGAUUCGCCGGGCUGUUAAAUGGAAUAUGCAUGUGUCUGAACGGUUUUAUAUCAAUAUUUGUCCCCAUUUUGAUAACAGCGGUCACACCAAACGGUACGGCUGAGGAGUGGCGACUGGUGUUUUAUGGAUGUGUGGGGGUAUCUGUCGUUGGUGCAGUUGUGUUUAUUUUGUUAGCCAGUGGGGAGGAGCAGGGAUGGGCAAAGGAUCCUGCAUUUACUAGAAAUGUGGAAAUUAAAGUCACCGGCAACGACAACGCCGUAUUUGAAAACGAUUAUGGCGUAUCGACCAAAGACGAGACAACUCAACAUACAAGUAAUAAAACAAUACAUACCUGAACAUCAGAUGAUAUUGUUAAUGUAUUACAAAAGUUUCUUUUCCUGAAGAAACCAAAUAA